ACCGUGUUUCCUCUCAGUGGCUAGGCUGCCCCCAGUGAGAUUCACUCAGGAAGUUUCAUUAGAACGGAACUGGGGGGGUGGUGGAUGUACAAGUGAGAUGCCAGAUUUUGUUGAGUGGGAGGAAAUAAAGGCGAAGACGACUGUCGAGCAAGAACCAUUCCAGCAGCGGGAACCAUCUGCAGCGGGAGCCAAGCUUACAGAUCCCUCCAGCAUUUGUUUCCCCAGCCUCCAGCUGAUUAUUCUCACCCACGGCGAUGGCAUCGUUCCCUGAAGUGCGCGGACUGCCCACCGAGGAGGAAGGAUGUCGGAUUCUGCGAGUGAAAAUUUUCUCUGGGAUUGGCCUGGCGAAGAAGGAUAUCUUGGGAGCCAGCGACCCAUAUGCUAAAGUGACCUUGUACGAUCCAAUAAAUGGAGAGCUCACCAGUGUUCAAACCAAAACGAUCAAGAAGGUUGACUUUAGAUCCAAAGUGGAAUGAAGAAUUUUUCUUCAGAGUUCAGCCAAGGCAGCAUCGGAUUCUUUUUGAAGUGUUUGAUGAAAACCGCUUGACCAGGGAUGAUUUUCUGGGCUUGGUGGAUAUUCCCCUUCAACAUAUCCCGACUGAAAAUCCAAACCUGGAGAGGCCAUAUACAUUCAAGGAUUUUAUUCUUCAUCCUAGAAGUCACAAAUCCAGGGUUAAGGGGCAUCUUCGAUUAAAGAUGACCUAUCUUCCUAAGAGUAAUGCUUCUGAAGAAGAUAGCACAGAGCAAACCGAUGAAUUGGAGCCUGGCUGGGAACUUUUGGACCAACAGAGCGUGACUGUCCAUAGCCAACCACCUCCUGCAUUGCCCAGUGGCUGGGAAGAGAAGCAGGAUAAUCUGGGGAGAACUUAUUUUGUCAACCACGAAACCAGAACAACACAGUGGAUUCGACCAAGUUCUCAGGACACUGCAUCUGACAUAAACCGUUGUCGAAAUAACAUCCAGCUGGAGGCACAGCGUGUGUAUAGUACACGGAGACAGAUAUCAGAAGAAACUGAAACUCCUGAAAACAACAGAGAUUCUCCAGAUAGCUGGGAAGUUAUAACUGAUGAUGAAACUGCAUUCAGUAGCUGCAACCCUCAGUCACCCCCACCUCCCCAUACACCUACAGGACAGAAUGCAGGUUUCGAUUUGCAAAACCAACUUGCGGAGGAACUUAGUAAGCGUUUUCAGGCUUCUGGGUGUACAGUUUCAGAUCGGCGCAGCUCCUGCUCAAGUCAUUCCAGUAGACGAGGGAGUUCGCAAACUAUUUUGGAAGAACAGCCCAUGCUGCCAGUUAUUUUACCCACUUCAGCAGGAUUGCCACCUGGCUGGGAAGUAAAGAAGGACGAUAAGGGAAGAGCUUAUUAUGUCAACCACAAUAACCGAACCACCAGCUGGACACGACCUGUUAUGCAGACCACUAGUGAAGCAGUACAGCCAAAACCCUGUCGGAGCCCCACAGCAUAUCUUCCUCCUACGGUGUCUCCUCAAGAUUCCCCACAAAGCUCCCCAAACCAUCAACGGAAAUAUGAAUUGGGCUUUCUCCCUCCAGGCUGGGAAGUCCGAAAUGUAACCAAUGGUAGACCUUUCUUCAUUGAUCACAAUACCAAAACUACAACAUGGGAGGACCCAAGAUUGAAAAUUCCAGUUCAUAUGAGGCACCGACCAUCUUUAGACCCUUCAGACCUUGGGCCACUUCCCCCUGGCUGGGAGGAGAGAGUCCACUCAGAUGGUAGAGUUUUCUAUAUAGACCACAAUACCAAAGUUACCCAGUGGGAGGAUCCUCGCUUACAGAAUGUAGCCAUCACUGGACCUGCUGUGCCUUACUCAAGAGAUUACAAACAGAAGUAUGAUUAUUUCAGGAAAAAACUGCGGAAGCCUUCCGAUGGCCCAAAUCGAUUUGAAAUGAAGUUACGCCGUAAUGCAAUCUUGGAAGAUUCCUACAGAAAAAUAAUGUCUGUGAAGAGAGUGGAGUUCCUUAAAGCCAGACUGUGGAUUGAGUUUGACUCUGAAAAAGGAUUGGAUUAUGGUGGCGUUGCCAGGGAGUGGUUUUUCCUCCUCUCCAAGGAGAUGUUCAAUCCAUAUUAUGGACUGUUUGAAUAUUCUGCCACGGACAAUUACACCUUACAGAUAAAUCCAAACUCCGGACUCUGCAAUGAGGAGCAUCUAUCCUACUUUAAGUUCAUAGGCCGUGUAGCUGGAAUGGCAGUUUAUCAUGGAAAAUUGUUAGAUGGGUUCUUCAUCAGGCCCCUGUAUAAGAUGAUGCUCCAGAAGCCAAUAACACUGCAAGAUAUGGAGUCAGUGGAUAGUGAGUAUUACAACUCACUAAUGUGGAUUCUUGAAAAUGAUCCAACUGAUUUGGAUCUUCGAUUUGUGGUUGACGAAGAACUUUUUGGUCAGACUCAACAACAUGAGCUAAAAGCUGAAGGAUCAGAAAUAUUGGUUACCAACAAAAACAAGAAAGAAUACAUUCACCUUGUGAUGCAGUGGAGGUUUGUCAAUCGAAUCCAGGAGCAAAUGAAUUCUUUUAAAGAGGGUUUUUUUGAACUGAUACCACAAGACCUCAUAAAAAUAUUUGAUGAGAAUGAAUUGGAGCUGUUAAUGUGUGGACUAGGGGAUGUGGAUGUGAACGACUGGAGGGAGAACACAAAGUAUAAAAAUGGUUACAAUGCAAACCAUCCUGUCAUACAGUGGUUUUGGAAGACCGUGCUCUUGAUGGAUUCAGAAAAGCGUAUUCGAUUCCUGCAGUUUGUGACUGGUACCUCUCGGGUACCUAUGAAUGGAUUUGCUGAACUCUAUGGAUCAAAUGGACCACAGUUAUUUACUAUUGAGCAGUGGGGAACGCCUGAAAAAUUACCCAGAGCCCACACAUGUUUCAAUCGCCUGGAUCUGCCACCUUAUGAAUCGUUUGAAGAAUUGAGGGAGAAGCUUAACCUCGCAAUCGAGAACACUGAAGGUUUUGAUGGAGUCGACUGAGUGACCACAGCUGGCUGAUAUGGGUUUAGCAGUGAAUGUUAAGCAAAUUAUCCAGAAAUGGAGUUUUGGGCUUAAGUCUUGUGUAUGAAAGAAAUGUCACUUUUUUAUUGAGCUUAUAGAUAACUAACAGACUAAGUAUUCAGUAAAAUUAACAUCAGUUCCCUGAGCUCUCAUCUUCGGAGCUCAGGUGAGUAGUGCUUUUUUGUUAUAAACUGGUUGAAUAUGGCUGAUUUGCCUGGACAUACUUGUAAUGCCAAUUGUUAAAAUAUGGUUUAAAUGCAGGCAAUAAAAGUCCUCUUCAAUUCAGUGACCUCGCAGUGCAGGCUUCUGAUGCUUGGUAUUGUUCAGUAUUUAUUCUUUACAGCACCCAUUAUCAUGUUCUUAAUUAGGAAGGUGCAUGUAAGAUUCAACAACCUGGUUCACCUGUCACUGUCACUCCUGUACAGUUGAGAGUUGUAUUUUUUUCCCAGUCUGUGUGUCAAGUCAGGCUGGUUUGUGGUGUUAAAUCACUGCAGUUGUGUCACUUUAGUGCCAUAAUUAACUUGGUAAACCUCUAAGGUAACCGAUGUGUAGCACAAGUUUACCUUAUGAUGAUGAGUUAAAAUUGAUAUCCGUGGCUCAUUCAGCUUCAACAAACUACUGAAAACUUAACUCUGUAAAAUGAAUAGGAAGAUUACUGAAAUGUGAAUUUAGUAGAACGCAAACACAACUGCAUGGAGAGCAGAAUGGAUAGAUGAAGCACUAGUGCCAAAUUUACGCUUUGAAAUUUAAUUUUGUUCACAAGCUACAAGGUUUGUGUUGGACUGUGUGUUUAUUUGUGAAGUCCUUUUGAAUUGUUAUAAUAGCGCCUGUUAAAAUGUGAUUACAAUUAAUAUGACUAUAAUUACUGAUGCUUUCACAAACCAUCUUGUAUUUUUCACUUGACCAUUAACCUUGCAUUUCGAGGAUUCCAGAAGCUGUACUUAAUACUCCACAGGUGUUGGCUUUAGAAUUUAUGCUUGCAAGCUUAAUGGUUUAUCUAUAUUGAUGCAAAGAGGAAGAGGCUGCUGAGGAAUUGCUAGGUGCUAUGUUUACAUAUUGGAACAUGACAUUAUAAUACGCAUCCUUCAAAAGUUUCUCCUUGUGACCACAUUAUAUAAAAAAAAUUAAGUUCAGUUAAAUAUCUUCCUUAGACUCCAACAAACCAGAGAAGCUAACUUGUUUCAGUGAAUGGAAUGUCUGUGUUCUGAGAUGCUGUAUUUUUUAUAGUGAAAGUUGGAACCUGUAAAUUGGACUUUGUUGAAAAGGCAACCUACAUCUGUGGUGAAACAGUUAAAUAUGCUUGACAUUUUUCAAGUUUCUGCAAAAAGAGAAUGAAGCUUAACAUUGAUGGCAAUAGUUAAUGGACCCUGACAGAGAAAAUGUGACAAAGUUUACACUUUAGAAAAAAAUAAUGUAUUGGUUUAUAGUCGGUUAAACCCAAUUCCUGAACUUGAAUUUUCUUACAUGGAUUAAAGUGUUUAUGUAAAGCUGAUUACAUGGAGGAAUAUCCACGCAGUCAAAUUGGAAUUUUUGAGAAUGGUGGUUUAAACACAAGCAUUAUGUUAAAAUAUGUUAAUCCUGUUUAGUCGCUGGAUGCAAAGAGUUGAACUGAAUAUUGAAACAAUUGGUCUAAAUUACUGAUUUUGUUUUCAGAGCUUGAUUGUUACAAUUGCCCCUAUUCAAAGAUAGCUUAGAGUGUAUGGCGAUUAUUAUAGGAUGUGUGUAUAUAUUACAGACUAUAGUGAUUCCAAAUUGUACAUAUUCUUUAAAUUAUAUUUGUGUUCUGCACAAUAUAUAUUCACUUCAGAUUUGUAAAUAUCUUAUGAAAAUAAUCCACUAACUUUUAUAGUUGCAAUAUUAAAAAAUAUGAUGCAUGCAAUGUUAUCUUUCAUAUUAAAGUUAUAAUUUAGGAUAGAAUUUGAAUCAAGAAAAUAGACCUGAUGGAAACAAUUUUGUAAAUACAUAUGGUGCACUUAUAAUGAAAUGAAUGAAGUUCAUCUGGAAGACGGAUUUUGUGAGAAACACUGGGGAAGUUGGUGUAUGAAGUCUAUUUAUAAUAAAAUACAGUUUUCAUGGAA